GGGAGUCCAUAUCUAAUAGAAGGCUCCAUCUCUGCCUUCCUCCCUAACAGAUCCAUGGAUCAACCUAUGAAUUGGAUCUACAACCCGUACUGUCAGUCUUAUGGAUACAGGGAAAAGGCGGUUUGGGAAAACAACGACACCUAUUGUGACUUAGAGGUGAAGACUAAUCCGUUCUACCAGAAACGGCCUCUAUUGGAUCUCGUGGACAUGUCCAUUUUUGAUUUUCUACAAGGGAACUUGGAUCGACAUUCGUUUGAAACCUUCAAGAUGUUUCGCAACGACACGUUUUUCUUACAUUUUGACAAUGGCCGUGGAUUCGGCAAGAAAAAAAUGGACUACAUGUCGUUACUCGCCCCAGUUCGUCAAUGUUGUAAAAUUCGGUUAUCUACCCUUGCCAAGUUGGUUAAACUUUACACUGGACCAGACAGCCUCAGUCAACUACUUAGGACGUCAUUAAGCUCCGACCCCUUAGCUCCGGUAUUGGAUGAGCUGUACCUAGACUCUGUUGACAGACGUGUUGGUCUAGUACUCGGUGCUGUGUAUGAUUGUGUCAAUAGGACCGGGUCCUGGGAUCAAGUCGUUGUAACUGAUGGCGUUGUUUAACUUCAUUUAUUGCAUUUGGUAGUGUUGCAUGUUUAAAUUUUAAAUAUUAAUAAAAUCAAAAUGCAUGCAGUAGUGAACAUGUAGAGGGGGUGAAUGGCGGUUGAAUGUUGUUAGUACUUGGUACUCUGUCCCGUUUGUCACUUUUCAGUCCUCGUGCGGUGAGUUGUGUCAGUCAUGUGAUCAUAUUCCAGUUUGUAACUGUGUACGUGUGUAUAAGGUGUGUAAGAACUUGUAUCCAGUUCGUAACGUCUACAAAGUUAGUUAGCGUAUGUUACUGCAUCUCUAUAGUCAUUGUAUCUUAGUUUCGUUUACUCAUUUGUGUUAGUAUGUAGCAUA